GUCACAGAGAUUUCCAAAAUGGCAUGCAAUUGAAAAAUCAUACCCAUUAUUUAUUUACUAUUAAAGCAGCCUUUAAAAAAAAAAGGUUCAUGCUUGCUCGAUCACCAUAACCUAUCUUAGCUUAAGUUUCAUGUGAAAAAACCUGCCGAGAAAAAGCCCAGAAAUCUAACCGUCCAAACAGACAGACGAUUACCGUGCAUGGUUUCACCAUUCACCUCCUCCCUUCCACGUUUCUUCACGAUCUAAUACUACUUCUGCAAUUCCUCAAAUUCAUCUAUUGAUCACAAGAAAGAAAAAAAAAAAAAAAUGGAAGGAGAACUGUACAACUUGUUCAAGGUAUGGUUCUCAGUUUUUGCAUCUCUGUUUUAUUGCUUUGCCAUUGGGAGGACAGUCCCGAAAGGUACUGCACGAUUCUUUUGCUUCCUACCAAUUCUAUGCCUAUUUCUUCUUCUUCCUCUCAACCUCUCCUCCAUUCAUUUUGGAGGUAUCACAGCUUUCUUCAUUGCUUGGCUUGCAAAUUUCAAGCUCGCUCUUCAUGCUUUUGGUAAAGGCCCUUUAUCCUCCUCCUCCUCCUCCGACGACAGCCCAUCAAUCUCUUUUAGUUGUUUUCUGCCUGUUGCUUGUUUUCCUAUUAAAAUCCAACAAAAAUUCCAUCCAAAUGGCCAAGAUAAGCAAAACCCGGUUCCUAAAAAGGGCCAUAAAUCUAUUCCAAAUUAUGCAGUGAAGGGCUUGCUUUUGGCUAUGUUGGUUCGUGUAUAUGACUACAGGGAAUUCAUCCAUCCUAAGGUAAUCUUGCUCCUAUAUUGUCUUCACAUAUACUUUUUCCUUGAAUUAAUCUUAGCCACGGUGGCAGCCAUGGCUCGAGCCCUGUUAGGAGUCGAGCUUGAACCACAGUUCAAUGAGCCAUACCUCUCAACUUCGCUUCAAGACUUCUGGGGUAGAAGAUGGAAUCUCAUGGUCAGCAGAAUCCUGCGGCCCACCGUAUAUGAACCCCUCCUCGAAACAUCUGCUCCAAUCAUUGGCCGCAGGUGGGCUCCACUCCCUGCAAUCUUGGGCACCUUUGUCGUGUCGGCUGUAAUGCACGAGCUCAUGUUCUACUACUUGGGCCGCGUGAAGCCCACGUGGGAAAUCACCUGGUUCUUUCUGCUUCAUGGAGUGUGUUUGGUGGCAGAGGUUGCCUUGAAGAAGGCGGUUGCCAGAAGAUGGUGCUUGCCGAGGUUCAUCUCAACUCCUUUGACCGUUGGGUUUGUGCUGGUGACCGGUUUUUGGCUGUUCUUUCCACAGCUUCUCAGGUGUAGAGCUGAUGUUAGAGCGUUUGAGGAGUACUCGGCUAUAAGCGCGUUUCUGAAGAAUGCUGGUCGUGCUUCCAUGUUUAGAUCUUUCAACACAUCAAGCAAUUGGUCGACACCAUAAAAUCAUAAAACUCACGCGCUUAGCCGCUUAGAUGGUAAAUAGGAAAUUCAAGAUAUAUUAAUCCAGGAAACUUACUAUUUAGACAUUAUAUUUAAUAAAGUUACCAAUUUA